AUGGAGAAAGUUGUACUGAUUCAGGGAAAACCCAUGGCACUUAUCCUCAUAGACUUAAGUGCUGCAUUUGACUUAGUCAACCACAAGAUUCUUCUGUCACGCCUGGAGUCUUGUGGCUUUGUGUUUCUACUGACAUUCCUCUUGGUUGGGGUGUUCCGCAAGUUGAACAUUCCCUUUUCCACCAACAAGACAGAUGACGUGCUGUUACAUCCAGAAGUCCAUCUUGUCUGCAUAUUGACACCACCUCCACACACACGCCAGAUUGCGGUAAAAGCUCUAGGUAUAGGUAAAAAUGUGAUCAGUGAGCAGGCAGCUACACUGACAGAUGCCUGUAAGAUGGUGACAGCGGCAAGAUAUUAUCCACAGCUUAUGAGUAUCAUGGGAAAUUCCUUGCGCUUCUUGCCCGCAUUUGUCCAGAUGAAACGCCUGCUGGGAGAGGGUUAUUGUGGAAACUUGCAGGUAUGUGAAGCACGUGUUUAUGGAGGCUCGCUGCUCAGCCAAUCAUAUGGAUGGGCAUGGGAGGAGCUGAUGGGGGGAGGUGGCCUGCAUACAGUUGGCUCCUGCAUCAUUGACCUCCUGAGCCACCUCACGGGACGUCGGGCUGUGCGAGUGCAUGGAAUGCUCCGGACGUUCGUAUGUCAGAGUGGCCCGGCCGGAGGGAUUCGAUCUGUAACCGCAGAUGACUACGCUUGCUUUCAGCUGCUGAUGAGUGGAGGCGUGGUCUGCAGUGUGACAUUAAACUUCAAUCUACCUGGCACAGAUGUGCAUGAGAUCAUGCUUGUGGGGUCAUCAGGACGACUUGUUGCUCGAGGAACAGAGCUGUACGGCCAACGGGCCAGCAUGCAAGUAGAGGAGCUUCUUUUGAGCGAUGGUGGAGAAGCUGUUGGGCCAUCUGUCAGGGGACUGAACGGCAUGGUGACCCAGCUCAGACUCUCGUUUCAGGCACAAGAGGACAGGCGCUCUUGGGUGCGGCAUCCUGUUUCCAUGGCAGCCUCCUUCGAGGAUGGGCUGUAUGUACAGACGGUUGUAGAUGCUAUCAAACGGUCAAAUCGCACUGGAGAGUGGGAGUCAGUGGAGGUCAAGAUUCAGGAUGUUGACCCAAACCACAACCACAGAACCCUGCCAAACUAACACUACACACACACUGUUACAUUCUACAUAUGCUAUCUCAAGACUGAGCCUAUUAACAUCAUUCACUUUCUUUUACAAUAAAACAACCAUGCUUUAAUUUGAAACGUAUAGAUCCCGGAGGUCCUCUCAACUGCAUAUUUUGCAUCUCUCCUUUGUCUGACCAUUUCAGGUCUUGGAGUCUGUACUAAUGAGCUGAAGAUCUGAAUCAGGUGUGUUUG